AUGAGCAACCUCGACACCAAGCACCGCUCCGCCACGCCCAGCACAUCCUCUCGUGGGAACGUAGUCGACCAUGACGCGCCCCAUGGUAAGCCGCCCGUUCCUCAGUCUAUUUGCAUGACACCCAAGGGGUUGAAGCUGAACGGAGAGCAUGUCAUCAAGGUCCAGCCGCUCAAGCGCAGCGAGAUGCAGCCCUCAUACGCACAGGAUCUCGGAACAACAGAGGUCACCCAUGGCAUAUACGGUUCUAUGUUGCAAGCGCUCGGAAGCUGUAUCGGUCUCUUCGGCGCAGUUCCCUGCUGCCCAUGCCCCAACCCCUUCCGCGAAGUUCAACAAGGUUCCGUUGGUCUCGUCUCGCGGUUCGGCCAGUUCUAUAAGUCUGUAGAUCCUGGUCUUGUUCAAGUGAACGUCUGCACCGAGUCUCUUCGCGUCGUCGAUGUCAAAAUCCAGAUCAGUCCCAUCGGCCGGCAGAAGGUCAUCACCCGCGACAACGUCGACGUUGAGAUCGACUCCGUCAUAUAUUUCCAGAUCACAAGCCCAUACCGUGCCGCCUUCGGCAUCUCGGACCUCCGCCAAGCGCUCAUCGAGCGGGCGCAGACCACCCUCCGUCAUGUCGUUGGUGCACGCAUGGUGCAGUCUGUCGUGACAGAGCGGGAGGCAAUGGCGUUCGAGAUUGCCGAGAUCGUCGGCGAUGUGGCUGAUAGGUGGGGUGUUGCCAUCGAGGGUAUCCUCAUCAAGGACAUCAUCUUCUCCCCCGAGGUCUCCGCAUCCCUCUCGUCUGCGGCGCAACAGAAGCGUAUUGGAGAGUCGAAGGUCAUCGCUGCCCGUGCCGAGGUCGACUCGGCACGCCUCAUGCGCCAAGCUGCGGACAUACUCGCGAGUCCCGCCGCUAUGCAGAUUCGGCAGCUUGAGGCGCUCCAAGCCAUGGCGAAGAGCGCGAACAGCAAGGUCGUCUUCGUGCCCAUGCAGCUGCAGAGCGACAUCAUCGGAAAGGUGUCGAACCAGGCGUCAGCAUCGGGCUCUGGCACCAUCCAGGAAGAGAGCGGGGAGGGCCUGAGCAGUGCUGUGACUCGCGCAGGCGUGCUCAACAGCGUGGACAACGUUUAA